AGGUCUAGGAGGUCAUAUGGAUGUUAACAUUCUCUAACAAAAUACAUGAUGUAAACUUAAUUAAGGAUGAAAAAUGACAGACGAAGAGACAACAAGCCACCUUGUAAGUUAUCCUGAUAUCAAAGAGCCACAGAAACCUCUCACUGAGAAGCAUGCCUCCCCAAGAAAAGCUGCAGUUCUAAAUUUUAACCCUGAUGGAUCUUUGUGCAUUCCUGCUGAUUUGAAAGAAAAACUUGUCCACCAGCCGACAAAAGGAAAUACAUCUAAUAGACAAAAUACUGGCACAAAAGAAAAUGUGACCCCUGAUUCAAGAAAGCGUAAGAAAAACAAUGCCCCAACUGUUUGGGUACCUCCCCCUCAGGAUUGUUGUCACUUCUGUUAUACUAAAGAUGUUUCUAAAAAAUUGGGAGAACUAAAGGACGUUGACGGAAUACUUGCCCAUCAUAGCUGUUUGCUAUUCUCGUCUGGAUUGGUUCAAGCUGGAAAUAAUGAAGAAGGAUUAUGGGGAUUUCUCACUCCCAACAUCAAAAAAGAACUGUCUCGGGGGAAACGUUUGACAUGUUCGUUUUGUCGGUUACCUGGUGCCCUGGUGGGAUGUAACAAGGCGCGCUGUUCCUACACUUAUCACCUGACUUGUGGGCUCUCAAAUGGUUGUCUCAUGCAGUACUACGAUAACUUCAGGUCGUUUUGUGACAGCCACAGACCACGACAGAACUUCUUGGAGGAAAUGAUGGGUAAAACAGUGGAAUGUGCUAUUUGUGGUGACAUGAUAUCAGUGGAGAGCAAGGUGGUACCACAACAAGUUAUAGUCACUGAGUGCUGCAAUAUGACUCCUUUUCACAGGGACUGUAUUCAGAAUCAAGCCGAUGCGAGUGGUUACUUCUUUAGGUGUCCAAUGUGCAACAACGAGAAAAAGUUCAAUAAUAUCAUGAAAAUCAUGGGGAUAAAUAUCCCUCUAAGUGACGCAGUAUGGGAGAAAGACGGUUACUAUGAUGACCUGUAUGUGGAACACUGGAGAUGUGAUGUUCCUAUCUGUUUACAUCCUGACGGGAGAAAGGGUGACAGUCGCAACAAUGAUAAGUGGGAUCUGAUGAAGUGUGUCACGUGUGGACAAGCUGGAGCUCACCCUUACUGUCUGGGACACGAGAAACGUGGCCCUAAAGAUUGGAGCUGUGGUACUUGCGUUACUAUUGAGUCUAAGUAUGCAGCAGAAAGGCUUGAAGAAGAAAAAAAGAAGCCUGCAGAACCAGCAAAAAGGACAAAGAACUUAUCUCUGGACCAGGAAGCGGCUGGUCCCAGUAAUGUGAACAGCUCGACUGGUAGCACCACCUCAAAAUUAGACAGCUUCCGGCGUCCAAGAGGCAAAAACCUGACAACUGAUCAAAUCGCCGUUUUGGAGAAGUACUAUCAGAAAGCAAAAUUUGUCGAUACAGCCAUGAUGGAAAGGAUUGAAGCAGAGUCAGGAAAUGAAAUCCUUCUGAGCAGUGCUGAAUCCUGGUUUUCUAAGCAGAGGAAAAAGGAAUUUCAUAAAACUGGGAUAGCGAUUAAAAGGGAUAAAAAACCGAAAUCAGAAAGGGAGGUCCAAGUUCUUGAAGAGUAUUACCAACAAAAUCAUUUCCUUGAACCAGAAACAAUGAAAGAGAUUCUUACGAAACUUGACAUUCCUGUUUACAGUUUAAAGUCUUGGUUUCAAACUCGCAGAACGAAGGAUUACAAAGCCAUGAAUGGGAAGUGUGUCUACCAAUCUAAAUGGUCCCUUUCCUUGGACCCUGAAAGAUGUAAACGAAAAUUCUCCUGGGCAAAAUCGGGAAAUUAUGGUCCAACUAAAAAUAUAAUCAGUCAGAAUGAGGCUCCUUCUUUAAACUAUUCUCCUCAACAAACGGACACUUCAGAAUCAGAUACCAGUACAGGCUGCAGCCGCAACAGAUCAGGAAGCUCCUCAAGUAAGCGACAUAGAAAGAAAACUUUGAGCCCCUCAAAAGACCCCUUCCUGAUGACACCGGAGACGUUGAAAGAAGCAGUGUUCAAAUUGUGUGUUGCAAAGCUGAAAAAGGACAAGCUCAUUUCAAAGAAUCUGGAUCCUGAUAUUUGGAUAGGUUUGGACCCCGUCCCAUCUGUAGCAAGUGAUCCAGAUUACGAUACAGAGUCUGAAAACACUGUGCCUGAUCCCCGUCUAGCAACCCUCUCAAUUCGACCUUUUAACCUUCUACUUACCAAACUCAAAUAUACUCCUCCUCAAGCUGAAACUGUUGUUGAAGAUGAAGAGGUCGAGCCGUAUAAUGAACACAAGGAAAAAUUGUGGGAGUAUAUAGUAAAGCAUAGGAAAAACAAAUCGUUAAUCCGGAAGGUGACCAAGACAAGCCGUCCGAGUUUUAAACCAAAGGGAGAGCAGACCAAACUGAACAGCUUCUUUAAACUUACCACUUUAAACAAGAGAAACGACAGGGACAACUAUACUGCACGUGCUAAGCGUCGUAAAAUUGAAACGAGCGACGAAGCGAACACAAAGAAAUCGAAAGUAACACAAGAAAACGAGUACGAACCGUUUCCGUUCAAGAGAUCACCCUACCAGACCCCCCAUCCUUCUCGGGAACAAACACCAGAGUCCUUCCCUCUCUCAUCAUCACCUACUAAACCAGAGAAUAUUCCAGAACCAUUACCUCCCAAAACACUAUCCGUUGAGUCUCCUAUUAAAAAGGAGCUGGAAUCAGAAGGAACUCCAGAAAAACACGAAUCUCCUCCAAAAGUCAGCGCUUCUCCAUCCACAGUCUACAGGUGUUACUACUGCGAGGACAAGUUCUCUAAGAUGUCAAUCAGGAUGGAUCACAUGAGAAAUGUUCAUUCUAACCGAGUAAAAGGGUGGGAUGGCACUAAAACUGGAAGAGGGACACAGAGAAGUACAAGCUCAGAAAUAGUUGAUAUUGAACCUGAGUUAAAGGAUGAAGAAGAUGAGGAAGAUGAUGAAGAUGAGGUUGAGGUGAUUUUCACCGGUCAGAGUCCUGUUAAGAAUAACACUUCCCUACGUCGGACAGCCAGAAAAACAUCCUCAGCUGCCAGUUUCAAACCAAUGCCAACAAGAGAGUCAUCCUCUGAUGCCUCUAUGUCACCCAGGAAAACGAGAAAAUCGACUUCAGGAAUCUCAGAAAUAAAAGAACUGAAAACUAAUUCCUCUAAACCAAGAGGAAGGCCUAGAAAAUCAUUAGUCUCAGAAAUAAAAGAAGAACUUAAAUCUGUUUCCCCUAAGCCCAGAGGAAGACCAAGAAAAACAUCUCCGGGGAUCUCAGAAAUAAAUAAAGAACUUAAAACCGAUCCACCUAAAGCCAGAGGAAGGCCGAGAAAGCGGGGUAAAAAGAAAGCGCCCAAGUGCGACGAUGAAAAUUAUGACGAGUUGACGAUUGAGGUGUCUGAGAGAAAGGAAGAGACAGAAGAGUCGGCGGAUGAAGAGGUUGAAUUUCUGGAGACGAUAUUUGCUGUGUCACCAAAAGCUGAAGAGAAAAAGAGAAGGAAGAAGGGUUAUGAUUGGUCGGAGAAUGAAGUCUUUUCCUUGAUAGAAUUUUACUCAUUGAACCCGUACUUGUGGGACGAUUCCUGUAAAUAUGAGAGUAACGAGGACAAGCUAAUACAGAGACUGGAAAGAAAAUUAGAUAUUCCUGUUGAUCGGAUUACCUCCAAAUGGAAGAGUCUAAUGUCACGGUACAAGGUAGAGAAAUACAACUCAGGCUCAGACUGGAGGUAUUUGUCUUCUCUUAACUUUCUGGAGGAGGUCAACUUGACUUCAUGUCCGGAGGAUGUGUCUCCGCUCUUUUCUCUUCUUACUGGCGCUGAUAGUCAAAAUGAGGACGACAAUGAAGCAUCAGACGAACAUGACAACUCCAUGAACGAGUCAAAAGACAUCUUUCCUAAUCUCUCCGAUAAUGACGUUAUAGAAGACGACGACAACGAGAGCAAAUCUUCUGACACGGCAGCUUAUUCCACUCCAUUCCCUGAUGAGGAAAGUUCCACCUCAGUCUCGUAUGUAGAAGAACCUAGUUCAACAUUAUUACCAGAGGAAGAUAAUGUUCAACCCCUGAAAAUAUCAAACUCUUUCAAGUCAAGGAAGGUUGCCAGCAGCCCUGCUAAAGUCACGUGUAUUGAAGAGGAUAUGCUUAGUCCAGUGAAGAGUAGUCCUGCUAACAUAGUGUCACCGUCUGGCGAGGAAUCGUGCCGAUGCGAGGAAUGCGAGAGUUUCUUCUCAACCCGAGGUAAACUGAUGCAACACAAACUUAAACUGAGGUACUUUUGCUGUCACUGUUCCAAGAACUUCACCAGUGUUUUUUCUCUAAAACAACACCAGGACAAUGUUGAUGUCUCAAUGCACGUGUGUCCCUUCUGCAAGAUGUUCCGAAACGAGGAAUCAAAACACACUGUCCGGCACAUCAGUGAGAAUCACGUCAAACAAUGGAUUUCUACAGAGUGUCUUAAAUGUAAAGCUCUCUUCAAAAACAAGGAGAAAACUUUAGCUCACAUUCGGCAGAAACACUCAGUAGCAGCCUCAGAUUGUGAGGACUUUAUUAGGGUUCGAGACUUUCGGUGUCUCUACGAUAAAGACUGUUGAAAUUUUAAUUUUUAUACUUUCAUGAUAUCAUUUUAAUUUUACUUGUACAACUUUAUUCUGCCUAUUAAUUUAUCAUGGUUAGUUAUUAUCACAUUUCACUUUUUAACUGAAGUUAGUAGGCAUGUUUGGUGGGUUUAUUAUUGCAAGACUCUUAAGUUAUGCGCUAAUCUUGAACUUAUAUUAUUUUUAGACGUAUCCUGCAAAAGUCUGUUAUUGUUGGAUCAUUAAAAUGUAACCUUUUUCAUAAAGAAAACUGUAGUUACUCCGAUUGCCAAUUAUAAUUAGAAACAUGUAUUCGCCGAUCAUAGAAGUUGACAAGCACAGCAGCUGCUCGUGCAUCAAAAUAAUACAACUUUUCAACAUGUUCUUGCUAAUGUCUGCCAAUUUUUAUGUACUUCUGGAUUACGCCGGGAAAAUAAUAUUGUAGCAACAAGUUCUUUUUAGACGGAUGACCGCGAAUUACGCGACGCGCGCGCACGCACACGAUUUCCGAAGCGAUAAAACACUUUUGGCAGUGUAAUGUAAUUAAUUAAAUACUCCGACUUCACAGUUAUGUCUGAAGUUUCAUUUACACUGGUCGUGGGAGAAGACAUCAAGUCGACAUGCCAGUUUGAUGGUUCCAUGAAGGGACUAUCUGGAGCGAUACAGUCCGUCAAGACCCAGAUCAACACUAUUAUCAGCAACAAGAUUACAUCCAAUGGGGCUGAUGCCAUAAAGUCAGAAACAAUAGAAGAGGGUGAUAUCGCAGAGGACAGUUCUGAGGAUGAAGAGAAUGAUAACAAAAGAUGUAAGACAGAUUCCUGACCGGUCGCAGACAAAAUUUAAGAGAUGGAGUUGCUGCUGAAAGCGCAAAUGCUGUACAGGAGGGAGAGUACAACCAAGAGAGACUACAUAGCCCACAAUGUAUCCGCACCCAGCAAACCAGUCUCUCUCCAUCACAAACCCUCAACUCUCUACACCGCCGUCCGCCACACUCCUGAACCUCCUACCUGCCGGAAACCCAUCGUCAGACAACCCCUGGUUACCCUACCUUCGUUUCAGAGGGAGCUGGUGGCCCUGAACGGGGGACGGUACAGGAUACAGGCCACACCCCCAUCCAGUGCAGUUGGUACUAGUGCGCAACAAUGGGAGGUGAAGCACGACGAGGAGAGGCAUCAGGAGGAACAGGGUGAGGAUAUUGGCAGAGAGAAACGGGCUGCUUUCAACAGACCACUACUUAGAUCCAUGUGAAAGGAGCUGUCAUAGAUUAAAGCAAUGACUUUAUUUAAAGAAGCAAGGCCAAGAGGGAACUGGGGGAAGAUGUGAUUAUGGUUUCCAUAGUAACGGGAAGGACACUGCACCAUCUCACGUCUCAUACCUCCGUGAAUUAUGUGAAGAUAACGGUUGCGUCUGUAUCAUCGGCCUCCUUAUCCACCAGGGGUUUCUGGGUUUGAAAUUUAGUAGUUACUGUUUCAAUAGCAUACUUAUAAGAACAUAAAAGGGUAUGUUUAAUUGUUUUUCUUCUGUUUGACACGCUAAAACCCGUAUCAAUCAUUGUAGUCGAGUAGUCGAGUACUUAUUUACCUCUUAACACAAUAAGUUAAUGAUGCGUCCUUUCCUUCCCUUUUCUACAAGAUUUGGAGAAUUUGAUUUCGUUCUUAUUAAAAUGAAUGAUGCUUCUAUUCCUUUUAAAAUUAUAAAAGUUUUAAAAACUUGAAAUUAUACCAUGUAAUCCAGUUUUAUUAAUUUUUGUUGUGAACAAAAUGA